AUGCCAGUUACCCGAUCACAGAAGGAGUACAAGACAGCCGAUGUGACAUCACCUACGAGCGCUGCCACGAGUGCCACGCACGACACCACGUCAGGGACUACGGUUACCACAGAGGCCGAGAAGACGAUGGUGUCCACGGAAGCCACAACAGCGAGCCAGCCAGGUCACACCAUGACCCUGGUACCCGAGGGUUCUACCCGGCGAGCUGGAACAGCUACGAGGUCCCGAGCCAGCACGAACAGACGGAGGCUCGAGGCCAGAGAAGAGUUGGCACGCCUUGAGCUCGAAGAAAUACAGGCAAAGGCACGCCUGCUACGAAUCCGUUUAGAAAUGACGGAAGAAGAGGAAGAAGACUCCAUUGCCGAACAUGAAGAAGCCUUCCAGGAACGAGACCGCAACAUCCGGAGCUGGAUGGAAGCUGCUGCCGCCGAGCCACCACUGCUACCUGGAGCCGCUGCCGAGGAGCCUGCAACUGCUGGACCUGCUACUGCGGGAAUGGCCGCUGCUGGAGCUGUUGCCGUCGGGCCUACCGCUGCUAGGCCUGCUAUUGCUGCCGGACCUGCCGCUGCUGCUGCAGCCGCUACCGUUGGUCCUGCUGCCGUGAAGAAAGAAGCAUCAGCCGAGGUUCAACUCAUCGCAGAGGCGCUACGAGAAGCAUUGUCCCACAACGUUACGAUGGCUACGCAACCAAGUUAUAUACAAGAGCUCCCAGUCUUUGAAGGGAGACAGCACCGAGUGGACGGCAUUUCAGGUUGUAUAUGA